UGUAGUGCGCAACAGCUCAACGUCAGGCAGCGGCUCACUCAGGAAAUUCAAAUAGCGAUCUGUCCACAACACAGCCGCACGCAUCUUUAUGCUCCAAGGUCAUCGCAGCCGGCAGCCCGCGGAGGACACACACGCACAGCCUCCUUCAAAAGCGUUUAGCUAAUCUGCGUUGAGGUGGGCCAGUGAUGCCAACCCCAGCCACAAGUCCUCCCGCUGUGCCCCCACCAGAUGGUGGGUGGGGGUGGGCUGUGGUACUUGGAUCUUUCAUCUCCAUAGGAUUCUCAUACGCUUUCCCAAAAGCCAUCACAGUCUUCUUCAAAGAAAUCCAGAUCAUCUUCGGCGCCUCCUACAGUCAGAUCGCAUGGAUCUCCUCCAUCAUGCUUGCGGUCAUGUAUGCUGCAGGUCCCAUCAGCAGCAUACUGGUGAACACAUAUGGCUGCAGACCCAUCGUCAUGAUGGGGGGCUGCCUCUGUGCCCUGGGCAUGAUCUCGGCUUCCUUCUGCACCAACGUGUUGCAGCUUUACAUCUGUAUGGGAGUUGUUACUGGACUGGGGCUGGCCUUCAACCUGCAGCCAGCGUUGACUAUGAUUGGGAAAUACUUCUAUAAGAAGCGUCCGAUUGCUAAUGGGCUGGCAAUGGCAGGCAGUCCAGUCUUCCUCAGCACCCUGGCUCCUCUCAACCAGUAUCUCUACAAUCAGUUUGGCUGGAGAGGAAGCUUCCUAAUCUUGGGUGGCCUGCUGCUGAACUGCUGUGUGGCAGGUUCGCUCAUGAGGCCUUUAGGACCUCCACCUGGCAAGAUCAAGAAGGAUGAAGAGUUGACCGUCAUUGCUACCACGACCAAGGAGAAGCACAGUUUUUUGCAAAUAGUUAACAAGUAUCUGGACUUAUCUCUGUUCAAGCAUCGCGGCUUUCUCAUUUACCUGUCGGGCAAUGUCAUCAUGUUCGUAGGCUUCUUCGCACCUAUUGUUUUCCUCGCUGCCUAUGCAAAGGACAUGGGUGUAGAUGAGUACUCUGCUGCCUUCCUGCUCUCAAUCCUGGCUUUUGUGGACAUGGGUGCCAGGCCUUCCAUGGGGCUACUGGCCAACUCACGCUGGGUCAGACCCAAGAUCCAGUACUUCUUCAGCUUUGCUGUACUGUAUAAUGGAGUAUGCCAUAUCCUCUGUCCACUGGUUGAAAGCUACACUGGUUUGGUGGUGUAUGCAGUAUUCUUCGGCUUUGCCUUUGGUAUGGUCAGCUCAGUGCUGUUUGAGACCUUGAUGGACCUGGUUGGAGCUCAGAGGUUCUCUAGUGCUGUGGGACUGACCACCAUUGUGGAGUGCUGCCCAGUUCUCAUUGGGCCACCAUUAGCAGGGAAACUGGUCGAUAUCACAAAAAAUUACAAGUAUAUGUAUUUUUGCUGUGGAGCUAUUGUGAUUCUGGCCAGUAUUUGGCUCUUCAUCGGAAACUUCAUUAACUACAGACUCUUAGAUCGUGAGCGCAAACGUGCAGAGAUGUACAAACAGACUGAGACAGAAGAUCCGGACCAAACUCAGGAUCAAAAGGAGGCUGAUGGCGAAGCCCAGGCCACUGAAGAACUGGUUGACGAAAGUCAGAAAGACAAGCAACCUAUGCAGCGGGAAACCAAUAUCUAGAUUGUACUACUCUGCCAACACCUCACUGUCACUUCUGCUGCAAUCUUGCCACACCCUCCCUAUGAUCAGACUGAGCUCCGAGCCAAGAGGUGCCCCCCGGUGUUCCGCCAGGCUCCAUCUGGGGUCCUCUACUUCUCUAAAGCCAAAGCAACAGCAGUGUUGUAGGAGAGGCUGUGAGGGAUAAAAUCUCUUUGACAAAAAGUAAAGUGUAACAUACUGUUUGCAUGUGAAGAGGCUAAAAGUCAAAAUGUCUGUGGAAUGUUUGUGGUAGUACUAACUGUAUUUUCUUUUGUUCCAACAUUGAGCUUGUAUCGGAAAUACUAUAAACUGCGACGUGGAGAAACACUCACAUGACACAGUGGCUGUUUGAGUCAGUACAAGGGAAUAUUGUUUCUAUCCUAUAAAACUAGGACAAGUGGGAGCAAUUGUAGCAGCAAAUUCAAAAAAUUGGCAGAUAAUUUUGAAACCUUCAUCAAAGAUUUAUCUGCUGCCGUUUAUUAAAAUAAUAAAAGUA